AUGGAUUACGAUGCAAUGGACAUGGAUAACGAGGCCCUGGGCCCGGCUGUCAAGAUCUCCGAGGCUGAUCAGGCGCACGUCAACUUCGAGCUGUCGAACGUCGACCUGUCGUUCGCCAACUCCCUGCGCCGCAUCAUCAUGGCCGAAGUCCCCACCGUCGCCAUCGAUCUCGUCGAUUUCCACGUAAACACCUCCGUCCUCGCCGACGAGUUCAUCGCCCACCGCCUCGGCCUCAUUCCCCUCGACUCCAGGGAUAUCAAGGAGAUGAUCAUGCCCCGGGACUGCGAAUGCGACGGCCACUGCGAAAAGUGCAGUGUCGUCCUCACCUUGCAUGCCAAGUGUACCGGCGACGACAUCAUGAAGGUACACGCCAACCAGUUCAUCGUCAGCCCCGACCGAGUCAACCAAACCGUCGGCAAUCCCGUCAUCACAGACGCAGACGGAGCCGGUCCUCUGCUUUGUAAGCUCCGCAAAGGUCAGGAGCUUCACGUCCAGUGCAUAGCCAGGAAGGGUAUUGCGAAAGAGCACGCCAAGUGGAUGGCCACUUCUGCGGUCGGCAUGGAAUACGAUCCCCACAACAAGCUACACCAUCUGGAUCUCUGGUACGAGACCGAUGCGGCAGCUGAAUGGCCCAAGAGCAAAUAUGCCGACUGGGAGGAUCCUCCGCAAGAGGGAGAGGCUUUCGAUUAUGACGCUGUCCCGAACCGAUUCUAUUUCGAGAUCGAGGCCGCCGGUAACAUCGACCCGGAUGGCAUCAUCAAGGAGGGUAUCCAAGGGCUGCAAGAGAAGCUUGCCCUCAUCAUGAAGGGACUCGGCGAGAACGACAUGGACGGCCAAUACGACGGACCGCAAAGCCCCGGCGCUGACAUGGGAGGCCAACCACCGUGGCAGGACAAUGGUUACACCACCCCUUACGGCAACGGCGGCAAUCAGAGCGCAUGGGGUGGCGGUGGUCAGACAUCAUAUGGCGGCGGCGGCGGCCAAACAGCCUACGGCACAACUCCCUACGGAAACUCUGGCGGAAGCGGCUGGAGCUAG